AGCGUUCUCGCGAGAGGAAACCGCGCGGCCUGCCGGGAAGAGUACGCUGUCGUCUUUAGGUGCGACCGAAAUGGCAGCUCUGGACGAGGAAAUCAUGCUGUCCACGGUAGUCCUGGGCGCCGGGCCGGACGGACUGCUAGGCGUGGAGCCGACAGACAAAGCGGACCAGUUUCUGGUGACGGACAGCGGCAGGACCGUCGUCCAUUAUAAGGUUUCUGAUCAGAAACCACUGGGGAGCUGGUCCGUGAAACAAGGGCAGAUUAUAACGUGUCCAGCUGUGUGCAGCUUUCAGACUGGAGAGUAUAUUGUUGUACAUGAUAAUAAGGUUUUGAGAAUAUGGAAUAACGAAGAUGUCAACCUGGAUAAAGUGUUUAAAGCGACUCUGUCAGCUGAGGUGUACAGGAUACACUCAAUACAAGGGACGGAGCCUGUAGUGUUGUUCAGGAAAGGCGCAGUGCGUCGUUUAGAAGCCUUGCUGGCAGAGCCCCAGCAGAAAAUUGAAACUGUAAUCUCGGAUGAGGAAGUAAUUAAGUGGACCAAGUUGUUCAUGGUAUUUAAGCAUCCUGUUUUAGUUUUUAUUACUGAAAAACAUGGGAAUUACUUUGCUUAUGUACAAAUGUUGAACUCAUGUACCUUAAGCAAAUACACGCUUUUACUUGGAGAAGAAAAAAGCAUUAUAAAAAAUUUCACUGCAUCUGUGGAUCGGAAAUUCAUCUAUUUGAUGUCAUUAAGCUCUGACGGGUGUAUAUAUGAAAGCCUGAUUCCAGUGUAUCCAAGUGACACAGACAAGAAUCAGAAGGUGGUUAGGUCAUUGUUGCUCAAAACUGUUGUGUCUGGCAGUUCUCAAAAAGAAGUUGCCCUCACCGUUUUGGAUCAGAAUCAUGUGGCAGUCCUGGGGCCCCCAAUCCCGGCUUCUAAAGAAUGUCUGUGUAUAUGGAACAUCAAGUUUCAAACACUGCAGACUUCCAAAGAGUUGCCACAGGGAACCAGUGGUCAACUCUGGUAUUAUGGGGAAAGUCUGUUUAUGCUCCAUGGAAAAUAUCUAACUGUGAUUCCGUAUAAAUGUGAAGUGUCAUCGUUAGCAGGUGCUCUUGGGAAACUCAAACACAGUCAAGAUCCAGGUACUCACCCCAUACCCCAUUUUGUAAACUGGGAAACAUCUCAAGAAUGUGAACUUGGAUCUCCAAACUCAGAGCAGUCCAAGAGAAUUUUAAGGAGAAGAAAAUCUGAAGUGAGUUUAAAGCCAGAGGUUCCAGCAUCCUCACAGCUUUUGUUAGCCAUAAAGAAAGACUCAGAAAAACACAUUGAAUUGGAACUGCGUAAAUUGUUAGCCGUGAAGCAGACGCCGGACUUGUGUACCAUCAUUGGGGACGUAGUGGCGGGGCUUGUGGCGAGAUGUAGAGAGGAGCCGGCGUUCUAUCCGCGGAACUGUCUGCUGCAGCUUGUCCAAACACACGUGCUUUCCUACAGUUUGUGCCCAGGCUUAAUGGAGAUUGCCUUAGAAAAAGCAGAUGUUCAGAUGUUGCAACUCUGUCUGCAGCAGUUCCCUGACAUUCCGGAAUCAGUCACCUGUACUUGCUUAAAAGUUUUCUUAAGCAUCGGUGAUGAUGAUCUUCGGAAAAUAGAUGUCAACAUGGAAUCAGUUGUUGACUGUAAUGAUGGUGUACAAGACGAGAAAAUGGAAGAGCAAACUGGAAUUGUGCAAAAUGGGUUCAGUCCUGAGGCAGACGGCUGUCACAGCUGCGAUUCAGAUUCCCGUGAGAAGGCUCGUGGCGCCGUCCAGGAGACUUCCGCCUGCCCCGUGAUAGCGCAGAGGGCAGCUCUUCUAAAUGCAGUUCUUCGUUCAGCGUAUAGUGACAUAUUCCUCCUGCCUUACUUGAAAGACAUCCCAGCCCAGCACGUCACAGUAUUUCUCCAGUACUUAUAUUUCCUUUAUCUGAAGUGUAGCAAAAAUGCUUCAAUGACUCUUCCUGGAAUACACCCUCCAACUCUAAGCCAGAUUAUGGACUGGAUAUGCCUGCUGCUAGAUGCCAACUUCACUGUGGUGGUAAUGAUACCGGAAGCAAAAAGGCUGUUGAUGAAUCUUUACAAGUUUGUGAAAUCCCAGAUCUCUGUUUAUUCUGAGCUUAACAAGAUAGAAGUAAGUUUCCGGGAGCUACAGAAACUAAACCAAGAGAAGAAUAACAGAGGACGGUAUUCAAUUGAAGUGCUGGAACUCUUCUGAGGUUCCCAGUUGUCCUUCAUAGACUUUUACAGAGCUCCGUCAUGUGACUCUCCCUAUGCAUCCAGACAAAAGACAGCAAUUUGUUUGUGAGCUUCUCAGCAUCACACGUGCCAGCGUGUACUUGGACCAUUGACCUGCACCUUUCGCUGAACCUGCUCUCAACUGUGGACGCUGGAGAGCAGCGUGGCUGCUGGAGGUUCUGGAUUUCUUUUAAACAUGUGACUGAGGGGUUUUAAGGAAACUUGUUUCUGCAUUGAUAAAAGUGUAAUUUCUUACCAU